GUCUGAGGAUCCAAAUGCUCAAUAACAAGAAUACCUCCAAAACUCACACCAAGAAAUUCCCACAAAACAAAUUAGCUUCAACUUCAGGGCUUUCGCCAAAGAUGGACAGAACCACCAGUUCCACCCAAGAAUCACCACCUCUGUACCCCUCCUUGUCCUCCCCCACAGCAAAGGAAGCAGAUCCUUCUUCUGAUGAUCACAAAGCAUCACCAGUGGCAUCAUCAUUGUCCACGCCUCCAAACAAAGAAGGAACACAAUCUCAUGAUCAUAAACUUGCUCCAUCACCCUCGUCUCCACCACCGGACGAUACUGACAGCGCCGAGAAAUGGCCGGGGACUCAUAUCAUGGGGCAACCUGCUGCUCCCACAAGCCACCCAGAUAACAAGAAAGCGGCUUUAUGGGGUGCCGGCGGCGGCGAAUCUGAUGAAGCUCAAAAUUACCAUCACCCUUACCUCCAGGUCAACCCUAUUGAGAAGCCAAGCAACAGUCCAAUGGAAUCCAUUCUCCAUAAGUUCAACUCUUGGGGCAAAAAGGCUGAAACCAUAGGCAACAACAUCUGGCACAACCUGAGAACCAGCUCGUCUGUAUCUGAGGCUGCGUGGGGGAAGAUGAACCUGACAGCCAAGGCAAUCACAGGAGGUGGGUUUGAGGCUUUAUACAAGCAGACAUUCACUACCUUUCCCGACGAGAAGCUGAAGAAGACCUUCGCCUGUUAUCUGUCAACCUCAACCGGACCCGUUGCUGGAACUCUCUACCUGUCCAAUGCUCAUGCAGCUUUCUGCAGCGACCGCCCCUUAUCAUUCACUGCACCGUCUGGCCAGGAGACUUGGAGCUACUACAAGGUUAUGGUACCUUUGGGCAAGAUUGGCACCAUCAAUCCUGAAAUCACGAGUGAAACUCCAGCAGAAAAGUACAUCCAGAUUGUUACGAUUGAUGGACAUGAUUUCUGGUUUAUGGGUUUUGUUAAUUAUGACAAAGCAUCUAGACAUCUCUCGGAAAGUAUCUCUAGCUUUGUAGCAUCUGGGAUAGCAGCAAAACCAGUGGUUGAAUAAUCGAAGAGUUUACUAGUAUUGCCGGGUUCUUCCAUUUCCUUCUAGAAUUUCUCAGCCCUGUGUACCUUUGUCUUUCUCUAGCGUGGAAAAUUUUCUAUCUCUUGUACUGCUUUUUUUAUUUUUUAUUUUUUUUAUUCUCUUUUGUUUUAAUACAAUAGCAUUGAUUCUGUAGAUUGUAAUCUUUUUCCAUUAAGGAUAAGGCUCCAUUUUCAUGGCUUA